GGGAAGCACACCGUGCCUCUUCUCUCUCUCUCUCUCCUCUCCGUAACUAACUUCGCCGGAGCAAUGACUUCACCAGGACCUUCUAAAUCAAUCCCCUUCAAAUCGAAGAAACGACUAUUCGAUCCGCCUUCAACCAAAAACCCUAAUUCAUCAUCAUCAUCCCUACCUUUACACACGCCGGAGAAGCCGCUCACCAGAUCCAGCAACCAAUCCAUAAAAGAGAUUCGAAAAGCCGCUAGAUCUCGUCGUAAAUCCGAAGAUUCGUUGGAUAAGGUCUCAACCGCAAGGCGUCAGCUCGUGUUCUCAUCUAACGAUUCCUCCUCUUCCGAUCAUGAGAAGCUCCCGGAGAAGUACGAAGCUCUGGGAAGGCUCUUCGAUGCGUUUGAUAGUUCGAUUCUGUUAUCGAGAUUACGAGGCUCUAAACCUACAUUCUCCAACGUUUCCGGGAAAAUCGAGCGUUUGACGGAAAGGAGGUUUUGCUAUAGUCACUUGGCUCAGUUAAAGCAUAUAUUACCAGAGGGUAUUGAGAUUAAGAGAGUAUUGGUUCAUGAUGAAGCAACUUGCUGUAUGAAACCAGAUCUUCAUGUUACUCUCAACGCUGAUGCUGUUGAGGAAGGUGAGAAGUUGAGAUCAGAAAGCAAGAAGAAGAUAUCGUUGAGGAGAGUGUUCAGGGAAAGGCUUGCAGGUUUUGUUAAGGCUCAUCCUCAGGGUGAUGAAGUUCCAGAGGAACAGCUUCCAGAGCUGUUCAAUAGAAGGAAAGAUUCAAAGGUUGAGGUUAGGAGAGGUAGUUCUGUAAUGGAGGAGAUGGCUUUUAUUCCAGCAGCUAAACUGAUUUCAUCUUUCGUGAAUGUCCCUCCAAGUCCUGCUGAACCUCAGGUUAACGUAGCACCAAAAUUGUCUAAGGUUAACUUGGCUUUAACUCCAGCUAAUGUACUUUCAACGCCGGCUAAGAUGGAGUCCACACCAGUUAUUGUUGCUUCAACACCACCUGAACUCGCUUCAACUCCUGCCCGACUCUUCAGUGAAGCUUAUCUGCAGAAAAGAAGUAGCGGUGAUACAAAUUCAGAUGAUGUUCCUACUGAUCGACCGGUUAAGCUCGCGCGGCGGUCUUUACUAAGCUCAUCAAAGUCACUGAACUUUGAUUCUUAUACAGAGGACAAGAAAGAUAUGGAUGUGACAGAUAUUGAUCAAGUACCAGAGGAAGAUGCAUCCAGCGAUGAUGAAAUCCUCAGCAUACUUCCUGAUGAACUUAGACAAUCGAUUAAAGAGCAAGAGAGGAAAGCUAUGGAGGAAUCAAAUCCAGCAAUCUCAGAGGCAAAGAGAAGGCGAAAGAUGGUUGCUUGUCUGCCUAAACUUUUCAAUGUCAUUCAUUACUUGAUUCAAUCAAUAAGGCGUUGGAUUAUCACAAAAGAAGAGCUUGUGCACAAGAUCAUCGCUGGUCAUUCUGAUAUUACCGACAGAAAAGAAGUUGAAGAACAACUUAUGUUAAUGCAAGAGCUUGUACCUGAAUGGAUUUCUGAGAAAAGAUCAUCAAGUGGAGAUUUACUAGUAUGCAUAAACAAAUUGGCAUCUCCACAAACAAUCCGGUCGCAACUAGAACAAGAGAACAAGAAAGCUGUGGCUACAUCGUGCCCUUGAGAUUAUUUUUAGGACAACUUAAGUGCCCACAAGUGUAGUUUAAGUGAUUGUGUAGUAAAAAGGGGUUGAAAACAAAGUACUCUAUUUAACAGAUCUCACAUUUAGGUUAACUCGUUUUCUUGUGCAUCAUUGACAUUACCCUUUAAUCUUCAAAGUAAAACUCAAAACUCC